UCCGUAGAGAAAGAGAGGUCGGAGUCGAAAAGUGAAAUGCUCAGCCGUGCUCUCGUAAUUUCAUUAGAAUAUAGUAGCAAGAGGAGAAUACUCGUUUUGUGAUUUGAACAAAAAGCAGACGUGAUUUAACAAGGCUCUUUCUUCAAGAGUAAGCUUUCCGCUUCGUGUCAUUUCUUCCACCUCUGUGACCGCGGAUUCUACCCGUGAUCCCUCAACGGUUCCUCCGUCGCCGUUGGCUGGAGAAGGUCCUUCCUAUAGCCGGAAAUCGUGGGCAGCCCUAGCGAUAGGCCGCUAGCCGUUCUUCACAUCAAAUACCCAGAUCGUAGAUUCCUCUCUCUCUCUCUCUCUUGGCGAUGGCAUCGUCCGGCUACGGGACGCUUCCGUCAUCCUCUGCCCCAUACUCUUCCUCCCCCUCAGCCGCUACGACGGCCGCGGACUUCGUCUCUCGGGCCAAAGAGAGGGGUAGAUCAGUCAUGGCCACACGGAAACCAUGGCGCGAGCUCGUGAAUCUGACGGCGUUCUCCCGCCCGUUGAGCUUCGGCGAAGCAUUCGCACGGAUCCAGAGGAAUCUCUCCUACUUCCGCGUCAACUACGCCAUGAUCUUCCUCCUGAUCCUCUUCCUCAGCCUCCUCUGGCACCCAAUCUCUCUCAUCGUCUUCAUCGUCGUCUUCGUCGCCUGGUUCUUGCUGUACUUCUUCCGCGACGACCCGCUUGUGCUCCUAGGCCGGACUCUGGAUGACCGUGUGGUGCUCGCCGUCCUCUCUGUUGUGACGAUUGUUGCUCUGCUCUUGACGAAAGUGACUUUGAACGUGCUGGUCUCCCUUCUUAUCGGGGCUGCGGUUGUUCUGGUACAUGCGGCGUUCAGGUCGACGGAUGACCAUUUUCUGGACGAGCAGGAGGCUGCAGGCGGAGGUUUGUUAUCUGUAGUCGGUUCGAUGCAUACGUACAGUAGAGUUUGAUUUCUCUAAGAUGUCUUCCGCCACAAACCUCUUCCCCCUCCCCCUCCUCCCCUUUCCCCUCUUUCCAACCCUAAAUUCGUAUGUUGGUGUAAUUGAACCAGUUUAAAAUGUAACUUAGUUUCAUUUCUUUCCCUUUUUUCGUCCGUUCCUUAUGCUUCCAUUUUGAUUUUGUUGGUUUUUUGAGGAUCUACUCUGGUUGUCACUUGACAUUGUAUUUUUUCUUUGGGUGCGUUAUGUGUGUAACAUGGCAUAAAGAAGCGUCUGCUUGUCUUUUUGUUUGAGGGAAAUCAAUGUAUUAUUUCUUUCC